AUGCCGCGACCGAAACCUACCCGUCUCAACAGCCUCUGGUCGCCGCUGCAGCUUCUCUGGCCUGCCAUUACGAUUCACUGGGCUGCCUUCAAGGAAGCUUUCCGCACCCGUGGAUUUGCGGCUCUGUGGAGUCCCGCGAAGCAGCUCGAUUUGGGCGUCGCCAGCCUCCUGAUCGAAACCUCUGAGGGCUUCAUCCAGUACGAGAGCACAACCGUCGUUCCCUCCCUUGUUAAGCAGUCCCGAGGCAAGAUCCUCGAGCUCGGCCCGGGCCCAGGCAACCAGAUCCAUCGAUUUGACUCUGAUCUUGUAGAGUUCAUCCACGCCAUCGAUCCCAAUCCCCAUUUCAAGGAUGACAUUGCCAAGAAGCUGCAGGAUACCGACCUCGAGUCGCGUUACAAAUUUCUCGCCUGCGGUAUCGAGGACAGCGACAUUCUUCGGGCGGAGGGUGUCACAGAGGGCAGCAUGGACACAAUCCUGAGCAUCCAGGUCAUGUGUGCCGUAAACGACCCCCGCGUCAUCAUGAAGGAAAUAUACAAGCUCCUAAAGCCUGGCGGCCAGUUCAUUUUCUGGGAGCACGGCAAGAGCCAAGAUACCUUGACCUCAAUUGCGCAGACGCUUUGGAAUCCUGCUUGGAGCACAUUUGUAGGCUGCAACAUGAACAGGGACAUUCGCGGCGCCAUUUUAGCUGCAGGAGACUGGGAGGGCCUGGAGGACGUCAAGGUGGAGGACGACCCCCUCACGUUUCUGCCGAGAACUUGGGGCGUCUUGGUGAAGAAGGCAUAG